UCAUCAAUAAGAGCCAGCGAGGGCUGUGAGCUUUGCCACACUCCCUUCAUCCAGCACAGGAGGAAGAGCAAAGGCAGAGCCUGCCAGAGAAGCAGAGUAUCUGCCGAGGGUAGGGCUGCAUCUCGCAGUCCCAGCCUUGAGGGGCUUUUUGCUGCUUUUGCUCCCUCAUUCGGAUCAUCCCAGAUAAUACCCUAACAAGCAACAAGAAUGGAUGUCUUUAAGAAAGGUUUCUCCAUUGCUAAAGAAGGUGUGGUGGCUGCUGCAGAGAAGACCAAGCAAGGAGUGACAGAGGCUGCAGAGAAGACCAAAGAAGGGGUAAUGUAUGUAGGCACCAAGACCAAGGAGGGUGUAGUGCAAAGUGUGACCUCAGUUGCUGAGAAGACCAAAGAGCAGGCCAAUGUGGUGGGAGAAGCUGUAGUAGCCAGUGUGAACACAGUGGCAAGCAAGACUGUAGAAGGAGCAGAGACCAUCGUGGCCACUACAGGAGUUGUAAAAAAGGAGGACCUGGCAGCGCCGCAGCCGCCGGAGCAGCCCAGGGUGGAGGGAGAGGGAGCCCCGGCAAGCGCUGGAGAGGGUGAAAUUGAAGUUAAUCCAUCAAGUUAG